AUGGGAAAUGUUUCCGAGUUCAGCGGGUUCGAGGUGUUUGUUCGAGGUGUUACUAACACGGCAACCGAAAAAAGCUUGAAUAAAUUCUUAACAGGCGUCAUGGAGCGUCUGGGUAUCGAAGAUUGGGCUUGCCAGAAGAUUGGACGGGCGCCCUUUGCGAUUAUCGUUUUCCUCCGACCCAGUAAAGGCAGUAAUUUCCUAAGGAAACAUGGAGCGGUCAAAGGUCCGUCUGGAAGGUUUUUCAUGGAGCCUAGUGCCGAAUGGCUCCAGUUCAAUGGUCAAAAUCUUGUAUCUUGUCAGAGCCACAAACCAAUUGAUCUUCUAGCUGUGCGGAGCCUGGCCAUGGACCAACAAAAGAAAGUUCAGGAGAAGAGCGUGCCGAAAAAUGCUCCAGAAACAGAUUUCCUGAAGCACCAAAGAGCCUUUUUGUCCUCUGCUAUCCAAUGUGGUAGUUGGGAAUGUUAUGACUCGAUUCUUGCUUUCCGUUCGUUUUUUGCUUUGCAACAGUCCGCGAAGUUGCUUUUCAAGGUUACGCAUAUCCAAUACGAGAUGGGAGAUUUCAGGCGGCUCGAUAUACCGUACAACAGCAUUGAAUCCAUUAUUCUAAGUCAAUCUCCACAGACGUUAGCAACCAACUUCACGAUUGCCUUCAGAUCAUCUCCGCACUUCUCGGCGAGGAUUUACACUAAUGCUGACUCCGUCAAUUUUGAAAGAGAACGAGUCCCUGGCUUGGAUGAAGAUCACGAGAAGAUAUCUGGGAUUUGUUUGGUUUACAGGAUCAUGCUUGCGUAUGACACCGAUGAUACCCAAAUAAUCAAUUCUUUGGGCCGAAUUCACAGAUUACCCACUAUCAUGCGUCGACUCGUUCAUGUUAUGGUACCUCCCGAUGCUGAAGUCUUUUCUUUCCCCCGCGAACUCAAGCGCUUGACUGUCAGCUUGACGCCUACUGCAACCAAACUCACCUAUUCCCUUCGCUACCAACUACAAAAGCUUGCCCAAAACGGGUAUUUACCAAUAGGCAGUGUUCUGAAACUUAUUCCCCACGUUCAACAGAUAUUUUCACGCUCGGGGGAGCUGGUUGCCCUUACAGUAGUCAAAAUGCUGUUUCGGCAUAUUCCCUGGGCAACGCCUGAUGCUCAUAUUACUGUUUUAAGAUCUCUAAAUUAA